AAGUGGAAUGACCAGAUCACAUGAUUGUCAAAAUGGUAGAUGUCGUCCUAGAUCUGAGUACUUUAAAUUGUCAUUUAUUCAAUAACUGUUGACAUGAAGAAGUUCACAGCAAAAGAAAAUGGUUAACUUUUCAUUACAAAGUGUUUAUGGUAUUGCCUUGUUAUUGAUAUACUUAAGGAUAACUUUGUCAGUAACAGGAUACCCAAGUUGUGACAGUGGAAUCAUUGAUAAUUGUACAAGCUGUGAUCCUGGAACCUAUGCAAAUGAAAGUGGUGUUGAUUGCUAUUGUUGCCAAGUGUUUGGUCAGUGUAGAAUAGACAGUUUAUGUGUCCCUUGUGCUAGAGGAUAUUACAAUCCAGCAUCACAAAAAACAUCUUGUGUACCAUGUGAAAAGGGACAUUAUGCUAACGUAACUGGAAAACAAGAAUGUGAUGGUUGUGAGGCUGGAUACAUCACCAAUAAAACUGGGUCACUUGAAUGUCAGCCAUGUGCAGAGGGAGAAUUUCAAAAUAAGACAAAACAAUCAUCAUGUAAUAAAUGUGAUCCAGGCUUGUACCAGAACAAAACUGGCCAGGAAGAGUGCUUGAAAUGUGAUACAGGUCAUUUUAGUAUCCAUCCAGCUAGUACAGGAUGUACUGAAUGUACUGAGGGAGAAUAUCAAAAUACAACUGGUCAGACAAAUUGUUUGAAAUGUUCCCCAGGCUAUUUUCAGGAUAAAAAAGCACAGGCAGAAUGUUCAAUGUGUAAAAUUGGAACUUUUAGUAAAGAAGAAGGAAGUCCAAAAUGUGAGGAUUGUCAGAAGGGAGAAUUUCAAAAUGUUACAGGACAAUCUUCAUGUGAUCAAUGUCAUCCUGGAAGUUAUCAGAAUUCCACAGGAAAAUCAUUAUGUGAGCCUUGUCAAAUUACUCACUAUUGCAAAAGUUUAGGUUGCCAUGACUGUAGACCAUGCCCUGCAGGAACAUAUGGAAACCAGACAGGAUUAGCAGACUGUUUAGCUUGUCCAACAGGAUCUUAUUCCCCACCUACGCCGUCAGGAGUUACACAAUGUACAGAGUGCCCAAUUGGACACUUCAAUGAUAAGAAAAAUCAGAGUUCUUGUGUAACAUGUGAUUCAGGAACAGUAUGCAAUAAAACAGGUUGUAUUAACUGUGAUCCUUGUCCAGAAGGAGAAGAAGCUGAUGGAAGAGGAUUAUCAGAAUGUGCAAAAUGUCAGCCAGGAACAUACAAGACUGCUGCUGGUCCAUCAUUAUGUCAGGAAUGUCCUGAUGGUACCUACAAUACAAACAGUGGAUCUCUAACCAAACAGGACUGCCUGUUAUGUCCAGAAGAUAAAUUCUGUCCAUCAUCAGGUGAUGACCCACAACCUUGUCCAGCAAGUGCCUAUUGUCCAGCAGGGUCUAGUGAUCCAGAAUUUUGUAAUACUUUACUUAAACCAAAUAAAAUAAAGAUGAAUUGUGAAGUGACAUCAUCAUUUAUUGUUGUUAUGUCUGUGAUUGGGAUAGUUGUAUUGGUAAUUGGAGCAUUUGUUACAUAUAGAGUGAGACGUUAUUACAAACUUCGAGCCGGUCAACCAGACAGGGAACCACUCACUAAAUCAGGAACACAUGUAUAUACUGGCUUGUGAUAUUUGGAGAGAACCAGUUAUUAUGAAUCAACCAUUUGUUGGUUUUUUUUAAACCAUUUGUUAUAUAAAUUGAUUUGAAGAAUAUUUUGUAUUUAUCAAUCUUAUGUACUUUUAAAAAUACGUUUAAAUGAUGUUAAACUUACCAGUCUGCUUAAGAAACAUAACAUUCAAAGAAUUAAUAAUGAGUUUAAUUUAAAACAUUUUUUUUUUUU